CGGCAGGGUCAGCUGAACGCUGUGUCUGUUGAUCUGCAGUGCAACACACAGUAACGGGUGACACCACGUUUUUUGAGUUUCUGGUUUUAGAUCAGAUCAUUUGACAUGUUCAGGCAUAACAAAGGAGGAUGUCAACCUCAUCCAGUGCCAGGAGGAUGUCCACCAGGCCCUGCCCCACCACCUUCAUGUCCACCUCAGCCUGGUCCAUUUGGAUGCUGUCCAGUGACCUCACCUUGUGGAGAAUCUGGAGGUCAUGGCCACGUGGUAGGACCCGGCUGCGGAUCUACUCAUGGACAUGGUGAUGGGCAUGGUCAUGGCCACGGUCAUGGACACCACGGUCAUGGACACCACGGUCAUGACCAUGGACAUCAUGGUCACGGGCAUGGCCAUGGACAUCAUGGUCACGGGCAUGGCCAUGGACAUCAUGGUCACCACCACAAGCAUAAACAUGGCCACAAGCAUGGUCAUUGCCACAAGAAAGGAAAAAAGUGUCAUGGGUCCUCCAGCAGCUCCUGCAGCAGUGACUCUGACUAGAAGACUUCUCCAUGAAACACAUUCCACCUGGAAAUCUUCGUGACACAUUACAAAAAUCAUUUUUAUGAUGUAAAAAUCUUGUGUUUACUCAAAUAUAAACCUGUUUUUGGCCCAAGAAAUGCAAACACACUUUUAGAUCAUGUAAAACACACAGUGAGCCUAUAAUGGUGACUUUGUAUCUAUCUCUGUGGUAAUAAAUUUGAAUUUGAGAACAAA